GGUAUACGAAUCAAGGAAUAGGACAGUUGCUCGUGUGCGAGGCUCCGCGUGAUAUCGUAGAUGGUGUGUACUGUGUUUGUUUUGUGCUUGUUACAGCCUAUAUUGUCAACUGCUUCUCACGAGGUACACAAAUGCAGUUAAUAAAGAUGGUUUAUCGAAGCAGAUUCCCAAAUAAAUUGCUGCCGCCAGUGACCGAGUAACUGACGUGAGCUAGACCUGACACGAGGUCCUCACCUGCGUUAGGUGCGUGUGGGCCACCUAUCCGCAUCCAAGCUGUGUCGAGGCAUCCAAGUCAUGCUAUCGAGGUUCGACACAAAUUUUGGCUGUGAGAAUUUUUUCGGGACUUAUCGUUGCACCCAAGACAUGGCUUGUGAUCGUGGUGAUUCGGACUUCGAGUUCAUCAUUCCGCCAGAAGCGCCGGUCUUCGAACCAAGUACUGAAGAGUUUCACGACCCCCUUGGCUACAUUGCGAAAAUACGACCGAUCGCAGAGAAGUCUGGCAUUUGUAAGAUCAAGCCGCCGCCUAAUUGGCAGCCACCAUUUGCUGUUGAUGUUGAUAAAUUCAAAUUUGUUCCAAGAAUACAAAGACUAAACGAAUUAGAGGCAAAAACAAGAAUAAAACUUAAUUUCUUGGAUCAGAUUGCAAAAUUUUGGGAACUUCAAGGUUCAUCUUUAAAAAUUCCGCUUGUUGAACGCAAAGCUCUUGAUUUAUAUUCUCUGUAUAAGAUAGUUACUGAUGAAGGAGGAAUUGAAACAGUAACAAAGGAAAGGAGGUGGGCAAAAAUUGCAAAUAAAUUAGGUUAUCCUUCUGGACGCAGUGUUGGAAGUAUUCUAAAAAAUCAUUAUGAACGUAUUUUAUAUCCAUUUGAUGUUUUUAAACAAGGAAAGACAUUGGCAGAUAUUAAAAUUGAACCAGAUUCUAAUGUAACUGAGAAGAAAGAUAGAGAUUAUAAACCACAUGGAAUUAUAUCUCGACAACAAAUUAAACCCCCAGCUGAGAAAUUUUCACGUCGGUCAAAAAGAUUUACUAGUCAGGAAGAAAAACAGGAAAUAUCUAUCAAACAAGAAGAUUGCAAAGAGGAAUGUGAUUCUGACAAUGAUUGUAAAGAUGGAAUUAAAAAUAAACAAUAUAAUGAUGAUAAAGAUAAUAGCAAGGAACUUAAAAAAUUACAAUUUUAUGGACCUGGACCAAAAAUGGCAGGAUUUAAUACUAAAGAAGGAAAAAAAUCAAACAAAACUAGAGGAGUAAAGCUUACUUAUGAAGUUGAUCCAUUGGCAAAGUACAUUUGUCACAAUUGUGGAAGAGGUGACAAUGAAGAAAAUAUGCUUUUAUGUGAUGGAUGCGAUGACAGUUAUCAUACCUUUUGUCUUAUGCCGCCGUUAACAGAAAUACCAAAAGGUGAUUGGAGAUGUCCAAAGUGUGUUGCAGAAGAAGUUUCUAAGCCGAUGGAAGCAUUCGGAUUUGAACAGGCACAAAGGGAAUAUACUCUUCAACAAUUUGGAGAAAUGGCUGAUCAAUUUAAGAGCGAUUAUUUCAACAUGCCUGUACAUAUGGUGCCAACAUCAUUAGUAGAAAAAGAAUUUUGGCGAAUAGUUUCUUCAAUUGAUGAAGAUGUAACUGUGGAGUAUGGAGCAGAUUUACACACAAUGGAUCAUGGGUCUGGGUUUCCAACAAAAACAAGUGUCAAUUUGUUCACAUGUGAUCAAGAGUAUGCUGAAUCUUCGUGGAACUUGAAUAACUUACCAGUUUUACGUGGAAGUGUACUAGGUCAUAUAAAUGCUGAUAUUAGUGGCAUGAAGGUACCAUGGAUGUAUGUUGGAAUGUGUUUCGCAACAUUUUGUUGGCAUAAUGAGGAUCAUUGGAGUUAUUCGAUAAAUUAUCUACAUUGGGGAGAGCCAAAAACAUGGUAUGGUGUGCCAGGCUCUCAAGCAGAACGAUUUGAACACUCGAUGAAAUCGGCUGCACCAGAAUUGUUUCAUAGUCAACCAGAUUUACUUCACCAGUUAGUUACUAUUAUGAAUCCAAACAUUUUAACGAAUGAAGGUGUUCCAGUAUUCAGAACUGAUCAACACGCAGGAGAGUUCGUGGUAACAUUUCCAAGAGCGUAUCACGCAGGUUUUAAUCAGGGAUAUAAUUUUGCGGAAGCCGUGAAUUUUGCUCCUGCUGAUUGGCUCAAAAUUGGACGAGAAUGCAUAACGCAUUAUUCAAAUUUAAGACGAUUUUGUGUAUUUUCUCAUGAUGAAUUGGUGUGUAAAAUGUCGUUGGAUCCAGAUUCAUUAGAUAUAGGAAUUGCAACUGCAACCUAUCAUGAUAUGCUUCAAAUGGUAGAUGAUGAAAAAAAGCUACGGAAGAAUCUGUUGGAGUGGGGUGUAACAGAAGCAGAACGAGAAGCAUUUGAACUUUUACCAGACGAUGAGAGACAGUGUGAAGUGUGCAAGACAACUUGUUUCUUGAGUGCAGUUACAUGUUCAUGCCAAAGUUCUCAGUUAGUUUGUUUAAGGCAUUUCACAGAACUUUGUGAUUGUCCCCCAGAAAAGCAUACGUUGCGUUAUCGCUACACUUUGGACGAGUUACCAAUUAUGUUACAAAAAUUAAAAUUAAAAGCAGAGUCAUUUGACUCGUGGGUGACAAAAGUAAAAGAGGCAAUGGAUCCUGAUAAGAAGAGUGAUAAAAUUGAAUUAAGUGAAUUGAAAGAACUGUUAAAUGAAGCGGAAAGUAAAAAAUUCCCAGAAAGUGAAUUACUUAUAGCUUUAACAACUGCUGUGCAAGAUGCUGAGAAAUGUGCAAGUGUUGCACAACAACUUUUAAACAACAAACAGCGUACCAGAACCAGACAAUCUGUUGAAACUAAAUACAAGCUUACAGUAGAAGAAUUAACACUUUUCUAUAAAGAAAUAACAAAUUUAUGCUGUGAACUGAAGGAGUCUGAUGGAGUAAAAUUUAUACUUGAUCAAGUAUUGCAAUUUCAAAAAGAAGCGGAAGAACUAGAAUCUAAAGAGGAUGAUUGUGAUAUUGAACAGUUGGAAAAAUGUAUUGAGUUUGGUGAUUCUAUUUGUAUUGAACUACCUCAACUUACAUGUUUGAAACAAAAAUUGGCACAAAUACAGUGGCUUGAGGAAGUAAAGUCUAUCCAAGAAGAUCCGAAGUCAAUACAUCGUGAUGAUUUAGCAAAAUUAAUUGAAAAAGGUAUGACAAUGCCUCCUCAUUUAAGUAUAGAAAAUACUCUCUCAGAAUUGCAAGCAUUAAUGGUUGCAAUUGACAACUGGGAAGAAAAAGCAAAAUUGUAUCUACAUACUAAAAAUAGACAAACUGUUGCAUCUCUUGAAGAAUUUAUUCAUGAAGCUGAUAAAGUAGAAGCUUAUCUACCAAGUUUAGAUGUUCUUCAAGAUACAUUAAAUAAAGCAAAAAAUUGGACAAAAAUAAUGGACGAGAUACAAGCAAGAGAUAAUUUUCCAUAUUAUAAUACAUUAGAUGAUCUAAUUAAGAAAGGUCGAAAUAUUCCACUGCACCUAGAUGCUCUUCCAAUCUUAGAAUCCACGCUUUCACAAGCAAAAGCAUGGAAAGAGAGAACAGCGAGAACAUUCCUAAGAAAAAAUUCACAUUAUACUUUAAUGGAAGCUUUAUCACCACGAAUUGGUGUUGGUAUACAAGCAUUAAAAGCUAAAAAAAAUAAAAUUGAAGAUUCUGUCGGACCUGUCUUUGUCUGUGAUACAAAAUUGGACGAUUCCAAUGAUUCAGCUACUAUUGUGGCCGCCUUUAAAUUAGCUGAACAACGCGAAAUGGAAGCAAUGCGAAAUUUAAGGGAAAGGAACCAAAUGAAAACCAAAAUUGACGAUUCAAAGUAUUGUGUUUGUCGUCGACCAAGAUUCGGGCUUAUGCUUCAGUGUGAACUUUGCAAGGAUUGGUUCCACUCAAAUUGUGUACCUUUGCCAAAGACAUCAUAUAAAGGAAAAUUUCCAAUGUCGAGGGAAAUUAAAUUUUUGUGUCCGUGUUGCUUACGUUCAAGACGGCCACGAUUAGAGACAAUUUUGGCACUUUUAGUUAGUCUUCAGAAAAUUCCUAUUCGUUUAUCAGAAGGCGAAGCGUUACAGUGUUUGACGGAACGUGCAAUGAAUUGGCAGGAUCGAGCGCGACAAGCAUUGGCCACAGAUGAAAUUUCGACGGCAUUAGCAAAAUUAUCUGUGCUAUCACAAAAAUUAGUGGAAGCAGCAGCAAGGGAGAAGACAGAAAAAAUUAUUAGCAGUGAAUUGAAAAAGGCAGCGAAUAAUCCUGAAUUACAUCAGAGGGUUCAAGCAAUUGCACCGCUCAGCGGUGUACACUCAGAUGACAGUGCACUUAGUACUGCGGAUGAUGACGACGACGUUGUUACUAUAGAUGACGACGAACCGAGUUGUAGUACAUUCAACAGUAACGAACACGCAUAUUCUUAUAUAUCAAAAAUUCAGCGUAAAACACAAUCAAAUGAUGCAACGGAAGUCGCAGUUGUACUUUCACAAACAGCAAGAGUACGUCUAGAAGAACUAAUGAUGGAAGGCGAUUUAUUAGAAGUCGCACUCGAUGAAACACAACACAUAUGGCGUAUCCUAAGUCAUACAAAUAGCCCCAGUACAGUCCGAAAGUAUGCAUCGUAUGACGAAGUUCACACUAACUUGAAUCAAGACAUAAAAGAUGUAAAAAAGCGUGGAAGGAAAAGGAAAUCCGACGAAUUGGAAUUAUUGAAAAAACUUGGCAAACAAAAGAUGGAAGAAAAAAAUUUAGCUAAACGAAAAGGAUUACAGAAAGAAAAAAAAUUAGCUAGUUCUCCAGUGCCAAUGAAGCGUGGACCUCGCAAGAUGAAACGUAAAGAAGGCGAAGAAGGGCCAAAGAGAAGGGGUGGUAACAGAAAGAAGACCAAACAGGAUACCUCGGACGAAGAGGAUGAUUGUGCUGCUGUCAAUUGUUUACGACCCAACGGUAGAGAAGUUGAUUGGGUACAAUGUGAUGGCGGCUGUGAAGGUUGGUUCCAUAUGCAUUGUGUUGGAUUAGAUCGUACAGAAAUUGCAGAAGAGGACGAUUAUAUAUGUAGUAAUUGUAAGGAAGCGGAGCAAAAUUCAACGUCAAGAGCGCCAGAUCCCCUAGCUGAAUCAUUAGGCCUGGAUGCACUUCUUUCCCUUUCUCAAUCUCAGGGAUACCAGGGCACAGAUAAUGAGGCAGAUAUUCAAGAAACCACAUCCUUCGUCAGGACGUACUAGCCUACUUUACCUUGUUAAUUCUACACAAGACUAUAAUGUUUAUCAAUUUCAACUGACUGGGCACUUGCGGUUCGACAAUUAAUAUUAUCUACAACCAUCAUUCAGUCAGUUGGUACUGCAGAUUAUCGGAUGCCGUUUGAAUACUGUUGCGAGUGGAUAUUGAAGAUAAAGUAUUAUACUACGGUCGAAUUGCAAUCUUGACGACUGCGAAUGUUAUUUUUCUAUUUUGAUUUGAUGCAAAACUAUUAACUUUUUGUAUGUAUUAUAUUGCAUUGUAUUUCAUUUUUCCAAGAUAAAACAGAUGUUUAUCAAGAAGACGAUUUAUUGUACAAGUACAAUACAUUUAUUUAUAAUUUAGGAAAAUUAAUUUCAUACAUUGAUAUUUAAUAUUAGUGUAUAAUAUUAUAACCUGCUUAUUUUUAUCCAAUAACAUAUUGCUUUUGAUAUGAUUCCGAUUAAAAGAAAAAAACCUAAAUCAUUAUGUAUAUUUUAUAGAUCAAGUAUCGCGGAUGAACCGUGAUAUACUACUUUGUGGUUUACAUGGGAUUUUAGAAAAUAGAUAUUUUGCAUCUCAUUGUAACACUUAUUUCUUAUCUCUCGCUGCAACGGUUGAUAAAACAUACAGGCUUUGCGAGACCAAUGACUGUUAAAUAAUUAACAAUAUGCGUUAGCAUUAUUUAUAAUGCUAUUUAUAGUGUGAAUGACGCUCUUUUCCUAAGCGAACAUACGACUAAAAAAGGAUAUGAAAGAUAACGAGGGAGAGAAAGGAGAGUAUAAUUUUAUCUAAUGAUUUAGAUGAUCUGUGACAUAAGAUAAAAGUUAGCGACGGCGACAUUGUAAAAAAAGAAGUCAUCUCAAAUUACUUCUAUUCAAAGGAAGAUUCCGUCGGUUUUUGUAUCGGUUUUUAAUUGUAAUGGUGCAAGAGAAUUUCUCUUGCGCUAAAAUAGUAUGUACAGAUAGACUGAGAUAUGUGUGUAUUAAGAUAUAGAUAUUAUUAUACAUAUAUAUAAGAAAUUAGAUUGAAAUUUAGAAGUAAGUUACAGUUUGUAUAAAACAAAGAAUUGACACGCAGAUACAUAGCAUAUCUAAAUCUGCCUUCCUGAAAUAAUUGAUUAGAAUUUAUUGGAUUUUGGACCAGAGUGUACAACUUAUAUAAUUUAUGAGAGUUUGUAAAUCAUUUGAUUUUCAUUUCAUUUCAUUUCAUUUCAUUUCAUUUCUCUUGUUCGUUUCUAAUAAUCGUUUUACAUUGUGGUAUUAUUGAUUUUAGUGAACAUUUUCCGAAUGGCCUAAAAAUAUAUAUAUUUUAUAAUGUAAAUUCUGCAUCUAAUUCUAAAUUUUAGUAUUAGAAAAGAUUAAUUUUACAAUUUCAACCGAUUAACAAAUGAAAGUAUUUAUUUUAAUCCUUACAGUUGUAUUAUAUUUUAUAAUAUUUGGUAGCUUGAUGAGUUUAUACAUUGGUGUGCUAAUCCUUUUAUCUUGUACAUUCAACAUUAGUUCGAGUUCAACAUUAAAAAGUGUUAACUUCUCCUGUAUUGUUAACAUUCAUAUGAUAUAAUUCAUCGAUGUAGCAUAAUUAAAGUUUACUUAUUACUUUAUACAUUAAAGUAUUAUAAAAUUACUGAAUAUUAUAAAGAUGAUACUUACAUUAACGAUAAGAUAUAUUCCAUAAUAAAUCAUUUUAUGAAUGUUGUAAGUGUUGCAAAUAUGGAUCUCAUUUCCGAUGAAACAAAACAGAAAAACGUUAAGAAUGCAUCGUUAUCCAUUGGUGUGAAAUAUAGAUUAUGGGAUGUAAUUUGUGUAUUUAAUGUUGACUCUGGUACAAAACCGUGUUUCGCAUAUUAGUUGAUAAUGGAAUUCUUUAGUUACUUUUUAACGUGAUUGUUAAGCUAAUCUUUUUUUUUAAAUCUAUAUAUAAAAAUUUGAUUUACUUGACUUUCGUGCAAAAGUGUUAUGUGCGUGUCUCUAUCUAUUGAUGUGGUUUUUUGCACGAUAUGCCAAAAAAACUACAUUGUGUAAAGAAAAGAAAAAAAAAGAAAUACCUUCGUUGUGGAUUCAUUGAUGAAGCUGUGCCAGCAGCGUGAGAAAUUUUGUAUAAUUACUUGUUAAAGAAAACAAAUAUCAAUCAUUGAGUUUCCAUACGAGAACUAAAAUAUAUAUGAAUGCAUGUUAUAUGUGGAAUGACACGACGCACAGUGUGUUUUAAACAUUUGCAUAUCGAAACAUACGUUGCCAAUCGUCGAUGUUAGCAUGAAUUGAACGAAUUUUAUUAAUGAAUGUUCAUAUUUCACUGUUAGAUGUCGUAGCUUAAAGAAAUAUUGAUUAUUCGUUUAAUUGGUUAAACAGAAUCCACUUUAAGAUAAUCGUAUUGAUAAGGAAAUCCUGAUUGUAUGCAUCGUUCACGAUUAGUAUGUUAUGUGUUUCGUUUAAAACAGACUGUAGGUCAAAGAUUCGAUGAGACAUGUGUACACACAUAUAUUUUUGUACAGAUAGAAAAGGGCUCAAUAAUCUCUUUGAUUAUUGCUCUUGGAUACGCGGAAAUACAGUGAAUUUCUAACGAUAGUGUGUUUUCGCGUUUCGAUUAGAUGAGGUACGAAUUUCAUUUGUUUCUUUUCUUAAUAAAAAUAAUAUAUAAAUAUAUAUAUGUAUACAUAUGUAUGUACAUUGGUUACUGUAUUUUAUACAAUGUACUUAGAAUCAUUUUUUUAUUAAGAUUAAAAAGAAAAAAAAAAGAAAAGGAAAAGAUGAAAAAACGGAUAAUAAAUUUGUGUGCUUUAUGAGGUGGUACACUAUCAUUAAAAAUACAUUGUGAGAUUAGCAACAUAAAAAAAAAUUGAAACUGCGUGAUUACUUAGAGCUGUUGCAAAAUAGACAUUUUGAACAUUGUACUUUACCAUUAAAUACUAGCGUACACCAUGUCAAAUACUGAUCAUUCAUUUGGCGUAAUAUAAGGCAAGUGCCUACGCGUUUCCAAGAAAUUAUACUAAUCGUCAUAACGAAAGAAACUCACCUUUAUUAAUCUUCAUUAUGAGAUAAUGAGCAUAAAAUGUCUAGCGGAUCAAAAUUUAUAAGAAAAAAGGAUUAUCAUGCUUCGACUAAAUAAUUUUCGUGAAUUAAAGUUAUAAAUUAGAUGUUCUUAGGUUUACACGUAACAUAGUUCAAUUUUUAAACGCAGCUAAUAUUUAUUUUAACAAUAAUUUGUAAUUUGUUUCCCCACUUGAUUGGAGAAUACAUUCUUUAAACGAGAAAAUUGCCAUGAAUUUUUGAUGUGACUCGCAAUUUCAUUCGAAAUUUAUGUUUUGUACCAUCGUUGUAAAUUGCUCGCUCACGGCAGUAAUUAUUUUUGACUGAUUAUAUCUGUCUUUCGUUGUUCUAAAAUGUUAGCUGAAUUUUCGUUCGAUUAAUUAGUAUUUAUUGGAUCGUUCAUUCAAACGAAUGUAGUCACAAAAAGUGUUACUUAAUUUUCAUUGCAUCAAUGCUAAUAAUCGUCUUUAUGUUGAACUCGAUUGUUUUCUCGUCCCUUUCUGUUUUAUAUAUUAUGCGAAAAGAUCAGUAUAGACGCGUUCACGUUGGACGUCUUUUUAGUUAUUCCGAACGUCACACCUCGCAGAAAGAAGGAAAGAAAGAAAGAAAGAAAGAAAACCUUCCACCAAAAAUUUAGUCGAUAGAAAACCAUUGUCGUGUAUCUCUUAUUUAUUACAUUUUUGUCUAUUUGUGUUUUCUCGAUUGUUCGUAAAGAAGAAAUUAAUUCCUUCAGGAGGAAAGCUUCCAGCGAAUGAUCCUUUAUUGUCGUCACCUGCGUAAAUAACUAUUUUACUGUAUAACAUAUAUAGAUACGUCGUUUAUUUCUUUCAUACACGAAUCAUUUUAGACAGAACUAUUUAUGAGACAGUAAAUGUAACCUAGGGCUAAGUAGUGUUAAAGUAGUCUUUAUUUGUAAGAUUAUAUCACUUUGAUUUCCGAUAAAAUAUAUUAAAUGUAAAUGUGUGUACAUGUACAUUCAAUACCAUAAACUGCUUUUUCUCUCGUCGGUUUUAUAGUUGAAACAGAGAAAAAAAGGAAAAGAAAAGAAAAAAAAAAAGAGAGAGAGAGAGAAGUGGUAGAUAUGAAGUACAAAUUUUUAACGUUACGUCAAUGCAACAUACAUAGUUGUUCCCAGUAGUUAUCCGGGAAAUGCAUCAGACAUCUAAGAAAUUCCAUUUGUCAAAGAGUGUCGUUGCCGAUCUUUCAUGAUGUAACAUUAUUUAAAAGGGGUCGAUGUCCGUGGAAGCGUAUUCGUCUAACUGGUGGGAGAGAUAGAAUGUCAAUAAAGAACGGCGGAACAUGAAAGUUGGGGGAGACAUGAAUUUCUCGUUUAUAUGACGCACAACGGGAAGUUGAGCAAGCUUGGUCGGAAGGAGAUUUUGCGCUUGUGUAAGAUAGAGUUUUUCGGCUGAAACUAAUAUUUCAGGCGUUAGACGAAGGAUUUAGAAUGCGAAUAUGAUUUUUCAGAUGAAUAUUAAAACUUUGCUAGGCGAGCGAAAAGAUUUACGUACGGAGUAGAGGAAAUCUCAAAAUUUAUUUUUUUAAUAUUUUUUCUUUCUUUUCUUUUUGUAUAAGUUGAUUUUGUAUGGAAAAGAAAAACUUUCAUUUUUUUUUGUUUUUCAAAGAUUUAUUUUGUUUCCCCUUUGUGUGUUUUCUGUCGACAACAAUCACAUUAUUUCAAUAACGAUGAAUAAUGCAAGUAAUUAACAAACAGUGUUUAACAUUACUAAUUUAAAUGUCAUCAUGCGUGAAUGCGUGCUGAAAUUAUGUACAUUGCUUUGUUCACUCGUUCGAUGAUGCAUUUCAAUAUUAAAUCAAGCAUGGAGGCAGACUCCGCGCCGCAUCAGGCAAUUUAAGCGAAUGACUCAACCUGAACUUUUUGCUCUUAAUGUACGCACGUCUCUUACUGCGUAUGCAAAAAAAAAUGAUUCACCACGGAAUUUCGUUGUCCGUUUCUGUGAACAUCGACGUUUUAUUAGCAUCGUCCUUGCCUCUUCAUCGUAUUUUCGUCAUCAUCAUUCGCAUAUUUUUAAUGACUAAUAACAUUACACACGUUGUAAAUAGAUAUUUUCAAAUUCAUUCAAAAAGUCGCUUCAUCCUCGCGGAAAAUGUGAUUGUUCAUCGGUCAGUCGAGUCGAGUUGUUUAAUUAGACGUCGUUCCAUUUUGAUAUUUUACUUCGCGUUAUAUCGCUAAUGUUAUUCAUAGGCGAUAACGUCAAUAGUAAAAAUGAUAAACAGGCAACAUUUUAGAAACAAAAUACGGAAAUAAAGAUAACGGCCGUUGAAUAUCACGUCCUCCUUUUCUUUCAUUUGUUCUUAAACAACGUUAAAUUUCACCGACGAAAUUACACACUAUCGUGUGUAUAAUUUCCUCUACACAGAAGUAAUACAUCAUUUUUGAUUCUAUACUUUUAUAUAAUGCGAGAUAUACUGGUAAUUCUGUCAUGUAUGUUGAAACAAUUUUAUUACGAACGGCAAUUUGAAAAAGACAUUUAAUUGCGAGGAUCAUUUUUACGCGCACGUAAGAAUUUGGAUCCAGGGCGAUUAGAUAAGACACAAAGUGACGAAUCGAAAAGUAUUUUAUGGUUCUUAUAUUUGGAGGGAGGAGGGAACUGUGACGAAUGAAGUCAUUCAUAGAGAGGAUGUCUUCUGUCACACAGAUUGAAGAGACGCUCGUUUGAUAACUUCCGCCCUCAGGUUCUCAAAAGUGUGACGCUUUGACGGCGGAAGGGAGUAGUUCCAAGUAAGAGAUGCUUUUGUUCUCUGGAAUAUUCCACAUUUCAAAACGUUUGAGUUGAAUAUUUUUGAUGGUACAAGACAUUUAUAAAAAAAUACGUUUGUAGUCGAAUA